UUGUGAAUAGUUGAAAUUUUUAGGGAAAGCGGUUGAUGUCGGAUCACAUGAACGAAGCAGUGAAUUAUAUAAAACAUUUGGAGAAGAAAGUCAAGGACCUUGAUGCUAAAAGACAUGAACUGAAGAGAGUGUCUGACUUAGCAAGUGUUGGUUCAAGAACCAAACCAGCUGCUGCUUCAAUUUCACAUCAUUGUUUCAUAAUCCGACCAUGUUUGAUAGGUAUUGAGAUCAUGUUCCGUUGUGGCGUUGAAGACCAAGAUUUGUCUUCAUCAAGAGUGUUGGUUGUUCUUGUUGAUGAAGGGCUUCAUGUUGUUAGUUGUUUUUCUACCAAAUCAGAAGAAUUUUUGUUUCAUAGUACCAUCCAAACCGAGGUUAAUGAUCCGACAAGUGUUAACAUAUCAAGGCUGCAACAGAAAUUACCCCAAUCUAGUGAAGAUUGUACUGCUUCAUCUUAUAAGACCCAAAAUGAAAGUGCCAAAGGUAGCAACUUGGUUGUUAAGGUCAAUGGUAAGUUAAUAUAUAGAUACUGCAUUUUUUUGUUUAAAAGUAUAUAUGCAUAAAAGUUUCUGUUUGUUGGUUUUUGAUAACGAUAUUGCUGGGAGGGACAAUUAUAAAUCAUGAAAAGAUUAGUUCCCAUGGAUCGCAUAGUGGUCAUGGAAGAUAACUUGUGAUUACACCGAAAAGUUUCUCUUUAGUUGAUUUGAACCUCGAAAGGAUUAAUCCCCUAAAAGAACGUAAAACGGUUAUAAGAGAUACUUUGUGGUUGUCCCGAAAAAGUUUCUCUUGAUUUGGAGCAAUACUUAGAAGCUUCUAUAGAAACUUAAUAGAAAUAUGAGCUGUGAAGUGCUUUUGUUGAUAGUGUUUUAGUGAAUGAACUCAAUGCUCCUGCUAGUUUUAUACGUAUGUUUUUUAUUAAUUUAACUUUGCUGGCGACAUGUCACAUUUUACCCCAUCAUGAAAGGUUAUUCAGUGAGUUGCAAUAUGUUAUUUGUUAAAAUUAUUGCUGUUAUAUUUGUGUUUUUUUAUAGUGUGUUCACAAUAUGCUCCACUAAUUAAUAUUGUAUGAGCUUAUAGACCAUCACUUACAUUAUAGUAAUUAUGUAUAUGCAGGUGUAUAUAGAUAUAUAUAUAUAUUUCAUCAGUAACUUGAAUAAUGGGUUAAUGUGUGGUGCCGCCAGCCAAGCUAAUUAAUUGAAUACGCACUUACUGUA